AUGGCUUUCCCCAAGCUCUUCCAUCUGCUGCUGAACGCGGUGCUCUUGCUAUGGCUUUCUGCGGGCUCAGCAUCUUCCGCACAAGAACCUCCGCAAGAGCCGUUGCCACUGGUCAUCUGGCACGGGAUGGGAGACAGCUGCUGUAACCCCUUGAGCAUGGGGGCCAUUAAAAAAAUGGUUGAAAACAAAAUACCAGGAAUUUAUGUCUUAUCACUGAAGAUUGGGAAGACUCUGAUUGAGGAUAUGGAGAACAGCUUCUUCUUAAAUGUGAAUCACCAGGUGGCUCUAGUGUGCGAGAUGCUGGCCAAGAACCCCAAGCUGCAGCAAGGCUACAAUGCCAUGGGAUUCUCCCAAGGUGGCCAGUUCCUGAGGGCAGUGGCGCAGAGAUGUCCAUCACCUCCCAUGAUCAAUCUGAUUUCAGUAGGUGGACAGCAGCAAGGUGUUUAUGGUCUUCCUCGAUGUCCAGGGGAGAGCUCUCAUAUUUGUGACUGGAUCAGGAAGACACUGAAUAUGGGUGCCUAUACCAAAGGUGUUCAGGAACGCUUGGUACAGGCAGAGUACUGGCACGACCCCAUAAAGGAGGAUCUCUACCGGAACCAUAGCAUCUUCUUGGCCGACAUCAACCAGGAAAGGUGUAUUAACGAAACCUACAGGAAGAAUCUGAUGGCUCUGAAGAAGUUUGUGAUGGUGAAAUUCCUCAAUGACUCUGUUGUUGACCCUGUGGAUUCAGAGUGGUUUGGAUUUUACCGAAGUGGUCAAGCCAAGGAGACCAUCCCCUUACAGGACAGCGAUCUAUACACACAGGACCGCCUGGGGCUUAAGGAAAUGGACAAAGCUGGCAAACUAGUCUUCCUGGCUUCAGAGGGGGACCACCUUCAACUUUCUGAGCAAUGGUUUUAUACAAAUCUCCUUCCAUUCUUAAUUGCUUAAUUACAGUGCAACAAGAACUUUAGGCACCUUAGCAUUUCCAUGGCAACUGGGAGGGAGAAUGGGGUUGGGGGCUCCAAUCCAUCCUGUAUUCUGUCCUUAGAUGCAACUAACACUUCACUCCUUUCCUUAUCUGACACUGUCUGGAGAGAUAGAUCCUCAUCUUAUCUGCUCACUACUCAGGCCUAAUCCCACUGCCAUAUGGUCAGGAGUCCAAGUUUCAUUAGCUAAUGAGUAUGAGGAUUGUUUUACACGUCCUUGACAGCGGUCAAACCCAGUUCUAGAUUAGACUCUCUUUUGUGGCAAAACCUGAAGCAAAAAGUAGUUGCUGGAACUCCAACCCCUCUCCACCCCCAACCCCAUUGCCUUCCAAAAGGCAGUCUGAACAGGGUUCUAGUGUAAUCCACUUGGAAAUAACCUGUUUCUCUGGCUAAACUUUAAGCCAAGGAUAGAGCAAAAUGUGAUUAAAUGAUCUGAAUUGUCUGGGUCUCAAUUUUGCCAGUAGAGCCAUGACCAAGGGGAUGAAUUUCACAGGUAUAUCAUGGACUUCUGGGAGCUCUCAGAGACAUUGAUAGGAAUGAAUGUAAAUUCAUUCUACCAAUGAAGUAAAACACCACAGGAAGGGGAGGGAACCUGGGUGGGGGUGGUGGUGGCACAGGGAAUACUUCCUGCUGUUAUGGCUCACAGUGGGAGGAUGCUAAAGGUUUUUAGCACCAAAAGUUAGGGUGGGAUAGGUAGGAGGAGACAUUAAUCCCUGGAGGAUUAUAUCAAAUUUGUUUCCAAAUAUGCCAUAUUUUCAGAGCAUACCCAGAGUGACUGCUAAAUUGCUCUUCUCGGUGGGCUUCUAAUUGGAGGGGCAUCCAAGUAUUAUCUUUUUAAAAAUUCUGUUGUUUUGUGCAAAGGCAAGAGGUAUAUCACACCCUGGAGGUGAAGAAACAGGCCUAGCAGCUUCUUAUCCCCACGUUCCUGUUCCUUUUGUUGUAAAAAUGUUUGGUUUUACCAGCUUUUCUGAAAAAUAAAAAUAAUGAUUUCUUA